AUGGCUGUAAUGGUUCAAGCACCAGGCCAAGAACGCGCUGUUCAACUGGCACGUGAGGCUGUCGAGCUGGUUGACGCAGGCCACCGCGAGGCGGCAUCACGAAAUCUUCGAGAAGCGCUUUCCAUCGCACCCGAACACCCAGAGGUAAAGGUGGCUUUCCUUAAAAUUCAACAAGAGGAUGAAAAUGGCCACCAGCUACUAGACCUUUGCCGCCGUUACACAAACAAGGAUGAGAGUGCUGGAAAGAAAGCUGCUGCUUAUCUUCGCACUGAUGGCUUGAAGCCCCCAGAGAAGGUCGCCUUGGAGGUUUUGCGGCUGCUACUGGCCAAACCCGCGGACGAUUUGUCCGAGGUACAGGACGACAUUAUAUCCGAGCUGGUACGCCAUAAUUCCAGUGUUCGACAGUACUUUUCCAAUGAGCUGCAAAACUCCGUGACGACCUUUUUCGAUGACAUGUAUGACCGAGGCGAUGGAGCCGCCAUAUGCCUGGACACCGUGGUGCUGGACCCUAGCGUUUGGCCCUCGGACAAGACCCGGGAACACUGCGAGAGUGAACUGUUUCAACUCUUCCUGGCUAAACUUAUGGAAUCUGGCCAUGAUUUGGAUGGGCGCUCGCUGAAAGGAAUCGCCAGACUGCUGGCAGUCGACGCGGCGUUGCUGAAGCACUUAGUUGAUGAUGAGAGUUUCGAGGUGAUUGUCAAGUCCCUUGAUAACCGACUGCCGCUGGAGCUACGGAGCCAGGCCACCCUGGCAAUCACCAAAUAUUUGGAGGUGGCGAAGGAGGCCGGCGAGAAGCAGUUUGCCGCCCUGAUCGCAAGCAGCCUUGCCAGCGGUCGUCUGGAUAAUAUCAUCAUCGCAUUUUCCGCUGUGGCUGCAAUAUUUCCUGUCGUGCCUACUGCAGCUGCCAAUGUUUUCUUGUCAGAUGAUUUUAUGAAGUCAUUGAUCCCACUGGUAUCUCGAGACGCCAGGCGCAAGAAGGUGGAGGUCGCUAUUCUGGAGCUGUUCAAUGCCGCGUGUAUUAAUCGUCCAUGCCGGGAGGUGAUCACCAAGAAUUUCUCGGAAUGGCUUUCUCACACCCUGACUAAUGGCAGUGACGAAGGCUCAGAGCUGGCUGCGGUCGUUUUGGCAAAAGUUCGAGCCUCGGAGACCAAAACGUCGGCCGAUAAUGAUAGAGUAGAGGAGGAGGACGGAGUCUUUCAAUUGGUGGAAAGAUUCAAGGGACUGAUGUCUGAGACCAAGACUGAAAAUAUUGCUCACGCUAUCGAGGGUUUGGCUUAUUCGUCCGUGAAGCCCUCUGUCAAAGAGCAACUGACCGAGGAUCUUUCCUUUCUGCGUGAUUUGAUCUCGGCGUUGAAGAAGCGUACUGUCGAUUCUUCGGUGCUUUAUGGUGGCUUGAUGAUCAUCAUAAAUCUUACUCAAUUCCUCCCCAACUUGUCUGAAGAGCAGAAAAAGAUGUCGCAACUGAAAAACUAUGCGGAUGCCUCCGCUGGUAAGGCUCGAGCCCCGCCCGACCCUCGUGAAGAGGACGAGUCAGUUCUUGCCCGCUGUGAUGCGUUAAUUGAUGCUGGUGUCAUGGCCCUCUUAACUGAAUGUGGCCGACUUGCCACGCCUGCCGUCCACGAUCUCAUAGCCAAAAUUCUAGUGGCGCUGACCCGAAGACAGAAGUCUCGAGGCGUUCUGGCACAGCAAGGCGCGAUCAAGCUUCUUCUUGUGCUAUCUGUUCCGAAACGAGAGAAUAAUCAGGCCACAGAGACUACAUAUAAUGCAUCGCACGCUCUAGCUCGGAUCCUGAUCUCUGUUGAUCCUUCGCAUGUGUUCUCACACUCUGGAUUUCCCCAAGUGACUUCCGCCGUGCGUCCUCUUUUGUCUCUCCUCACGCCUUCCGAGACGACUCCUUCUUUCUCAGCUGAUCAAUCUCGUGACCUGCUCCCCGUGUUCGAGAGCCUGCUUGCUCUGACCAAUCUCGCUUCAGUGGGAGACGAUCCUGCCAAUCUCAUUGUUCGAGAAGGCUGGUCCGCCGUGGAGGAACUGCUUCUGUCCAGCAACACUCGAGUGCAAAGAGCUGCAUGUGAACUCAUCUGCAACCUCGUAGCUUGUGAAUCGGGCUAUGCGAAAUUUGUGGAUGGCUCCAAGCGCGCUUCUCAGCGCGUCCACAUACUUCUGGCUUUUACCGACGCCGAAGACGCCCCGACUCGAAGUGCCGCUGGCGGAGCUCUUGCAAUGCUAACCGAAUUCCACCCCGCCGUUGCAUCGAUCCUGGAACACCCUCGUGCAGCGAAUCUGCUUCUGCGUCUAUGCCAAGAGGACAAUGAGGCUCUUGCGUGGCGCGGAGCUGUUUGUGUGCGCAACCUGACUUCGCUACCUAGUAUGGCAUCUGGUAACAUUGACAUCCGCGCUAGGGAAGCCGUCCGAGCUGCAGGUGGUGUCGACGUCUUGGUUGCGUGUCUCAAGAAAACCUCAAACACGGAAGUGCACAAGGCGUGUGUGGAGGCAUUGAAUUCACUGCUCAAAUCCCAAACCCGCGACGCUUGA